UCAGCUGGAUGUCAGUCUCUUCAGAGAGGCUCAGUCCGCACUUGGUGUUGGUGCAAGGUACCAUGCAGACUCAAGCACAAGAAUAGACGCUGUUCUCCGGGUCCAGCUCACCAUCCAUACCCCCUCUGACUCCCAGCCCUCCACCCACAGGCCAGGCUUCUUCCCUGCUGCCAAACAAGGUUGGCCAACCUGCAGGGAAGCUGCCCUUGAAUAUUUAACACCCAGCUCUUUGGAAAGCAGAGGAAGCAGCAAGUCGGCAAUCAUGAAGGAAAUUCAUGGAAACGUGGACGGUAUGGACCUGGGCAAAAAGCUCAGCAUCCCCAGAGACAUCAUGCUGGAAGAACUGUCGGUCCUCAGUAACCGAGGGGCUCGAUUGUUUAAGAGGCGCCAGAGGAGAUCAGAGAAGUACACGUUUGAAAACUUCCAUUGUGAAUCCAAAGCAGAAAUGAACUACAGGAUUGCCAUGCAGAAUGGAACUCUGGAUGGUAGCAGCAUGGAAGGUGGCUCCCAGCAGGGCCCACUGACCCCUCCUAACACGCCAGACCCCCGGAGUCCACCCAAUCCAGAAAACAUUGCACCAGGAUACUCUGGACCGCUGAAGGAAAUUCCUCCUGAGAGAUUCAACACCACAGCUGUACCUAAGUUCUAUCAGUCUCCUUGGGAGCAGGCCAUCAGCAAUGAGCCAGAGCUGUUGGAGGCUUUCUACCCCAAACUCUUUAAGCCUGAAGAAAAGGCAGAGCUUCCAGACUUCCGGAGCUUUAACAGAGUCGCCACACCAUUUGGAGGGUUUGAGAAGGCAUCCAAAAUGGUCAAAUUCAAAGUUCCAGAUUUUGACCUGCUCCUGCUGACUGAUCCCAGGUUCAUGGCUUUUGCCAAUCCUCUUUCUGGCAGGCGGUCCUUCAAUAGAACUCCUAAGGGAUGGCUAUCAGAGAAUGUCCCCAUAGCAAUCACCCCAGUGCCAACAGAGGAGAAUACUGUGCCAGAAACUGACGACCUGUGAGGAGAAUUAAGAGCCCUAAUGCACUAUCAACCCCCAACCCAGUGAAAUAGAGGCCCCUUGUCUUACCAGGAUGCAUACCAACAGAUGCUCCUUGUUUGCCUUAGAGUCUAAUUGGUAACUAUCUAAACUGCAAUAUUCUAUAUGUGGAGUUUUGUUUCAUUUACAAAUAGAAUAUUAAUAAAAUCAUUAAGAGCCCGAUCAGCAAAAUUGCUUAUCUCAUGUUUUCAUUCAUAUUUCUUAUG